GGGGCCGCUGGCUGUGGGGCCGCGAUGAGCGAAGGGUCGGAGCCGGCGGCGUCCGCCGGGGUCCGCAUCGUGGUGGAGUAUUGUGAGCCCUGUGGGUUUGAGUCCACAUACCUGGAAUUGGCAAGUGCAGUGAAAGAAGAGUACCCAGAUAUAGAAAUUGAAUCCAGGCUCGGGGGGAAAGGUACCUUUGAAAUUGAAAUCAAUGGGCAGCUUGUCUUCUCCAAACUAGAGAAUGGUGGCUUUCCUUAUGAGAAGGAUCUCAUUGAAGCAAUAAGAAGAGCCAGAAAUGGGGAACCGCUAGAAAAAAUCACCAACAGCCGUCCCCCCUGUGUCAUCCUGUAGCCCCGGCAGCACCCUCCUCGUCACUACAGGCCUUCUGUUCUGAUCACCUUCGACUCUGCCCAUCCACUCUUAAAUCUCAUUACCUUGCUGCUUUGCUCCUCUCUGCCUUCUGGCUUAAUUAUCUUACUCUUUGGCCAGGCAGCGUCAUGUGUGGAAGAGACAUCAAGGUAACCUGAAUCGCUAACAUUGCUGUACAAAGAGGCUUGUGGGGAAUAGCAUCACAUCAGGUGACUUGGGACCGGGGAUGGGUUAGCUGAGAGCUAACUUGCUGUUGGGUAGGAAUGACUAAACUUUGGUACUACUUUGUGCAUGCCAUCUAACCCCAGACAGCCACCCAAGCCCCAAGGAGGAGGAGAGCGUCCCCACGCCAUCAUUUUCUACCCCUCUUCCACUCCAUAAAUGUCCCCGUUUCUCCUAUUUCUGUAGCACAUACAUGGGCAACUAAUUGGCUUGCUGCCACCCUCCUUUAAAAUCCUGGUAGGUUGGGUGGAGUCUACCAGAGACCAGGAGUUCCCACCAGGAGUUCUAAGUGCACUGAGAAAGCUGUGCCUGUUUUGCUUAGCACUGUGGUGAUAUGGAAAUGAGAGAGGCUUCCUGCCAUAGAGUAGGAGAUAGUCAGUGUUUUGGGGCAGAGAACUGACCACAGUGGUUAUGAAGACCUGGUGAUUUGGAUCAGAAGGUUUUAGAGAAGAACUGAAUUGUUCUUAAAUGCUAAAUAGUAUUGUUAAUCAUUUAAAAAAACCCUUGUCACUGUUUAAACCAGUGCUAAAGCAGGAUCAAUUAGACAUCAGUUUUUGGAUAGUAAAAUCCCUUUCUUAUUUUCUCUCCUCCUGCGAGAACCAUAAUUAGUGACUGACUUCUAAUUGCCCAUCUGCUCGCUGCAGAAAACUUCCCCCUCCACCCCACCCAUUCCUCCUGUUUAACACCCAAUUUUCACUUUCUAUUGUCAUGACUUUGCCCUUUGACACUGAAUGCCAAGGGGGUGAAUGAGCUAAAGGAUAAAGUGCUAAGUGACUUAAGAGAAUGCUGGUGUUAAAGAUAAGAACCUGGCAGUGCCAAUGAAAUUCUGGCUACCCAGUGUCUAAUUUAUGCUUUAAGGGGGGUAAUUCUAUUUAUUAUAGACUGUGUAUUAAAAAAAAAAAAAAAAAGCCAGUAGUAAAUAAAAUCACAGUAA